AUGCCUGGAAGAGUUCUCCCGACUUUCACCCUCGCCGAGGUCGAGACCCAUAAUAACGCCAAAUCGUGCUACGUGACAAUCGGAUCCAAGGUCUACGACAUCACCUCGUUCGUUGACGAUCAUCCGGGUGGCGGCGAUCUGAUUUUAGAAUAUGCCGGGAAAGACGUGAAGGACAUCCUGCGCGACCCCGUGUCCCAUGAACACUCUGAGGCCGCAUACGAAAUUCUGGAGGAGAGUCUAGUGGGCUUCCUUGCGACCGACUCGAACGGGACCGCGAAUGCAUCGAAUGUCAAUGGGUCCGCUCAUAAAUCAGAACAGGUCUUCGCUACAACUGGCAUGUCGUGUGAAGAAGACCUGACCGUUGAAACCGAUUUCUCCAAGGACUACCAGACGUACAAAUUUUUGGAUCUCAACAAGCCACUGUUGAUGCAGCUGUGGAAUAGUGGCUUCAGCAAAGAGUUUUAUCUGGAGCAGAUCCACCGCCCCCGUCAUUAUCGGGGCGGCGAAUCUGCCCCUCUCUUCGGAAACUUCCUGGAGCCUCUAAGCAAGACUGCGUGGUAUGUGGUGCCCAUUAUCUGGCUCCCUCCCGUGGCAUAUGGGACGUUCGUCGGGUUCACCGAACUGGGAAAUGUUGCUGCGGCCUACUGGGUUUUCGGCGUUUUCCUUUGGACUUUGAUUGAAUAUGUCAUGCAUCGAUUCCUGUUCCACAUUGACCGGUUCCUUCCCGAUAAUCGAGUUGGACUUACUCUGCAUUUCUUGCUGCACGGAAUCCAUCAUUAUCUGCCCAUGGACAAAUACCGACUUGUGAUGCCCCCGGCCCUCUUCGUUGUCCUGGCUACACCGUUCUGGAAAUUGGCCCAUACUGUCUUUGCCUACAACUGGUAUGCGGCCUUGACGGUAUACUGUGGCGGCGUGUUCGGCUACAUUUGCUAUGACAUGACUCACUAUUUCCUGCACCACCGCAACCUUCCACUCUAUUAUAAGCAACUCAAGAAAUACCACCUGCAGCACCACUUUGCUGACUUCGAUAAUGGAUUCGGUGUCACCAGCCGGUUUUGGGAUGUCAUCUUUGGCACCGAGCUCCAGAUGCCGACACCGAAGGUUGCCAAGGUUCAGUAA